GCUCGGUCACGGAAGAUGUUUCACGGUCUGUUUAGAGAGGAACAUGAAGCGAGGGAGACGAUGCUUCGGAGGCAACAGAAGCAGAAAGCGCACCCGCCCAGCACCGCAACAGCUACAGGAGACGCCUUUGGAGGUUGAGGCAGGGUCAGAGGGUAAAGGCUGUAUACCCAGCAUCCUCGAUGUUAGAGUACACAGCCAUCUUGGAUCUGCGAGGAGAAGAGAAAUUAAUGCGGUGACUAACAGCAUGUUUAGUGCUACCAGAAAGAGGUUUGUAGAAGGGGUGGAGAGUGACUACCCCGAUGACACAGUGUAUUAUGGCCAGACAUCCAUGUUCCCUCAUCCAUCAGACAAAGACGUAAGUGAUGCUACCAGCAUGUUACAACCUUUGACCCCCUAUUAUGAGGUGACUGAUUCGUCAGUUGUCACUUAGUCAGUAAAACCCGUA